CAAAUGGCUGCGGCCGCUCAGGACUCACGUGUGAGUGCGGGAAAAAAGCUGAAAAACUCUCUAAAGAAGAAGAAGAAGAUGAAAAUGGUAGCCAGGGCCGCAUCACGCCACCUGGAAGAUGCAGAUAAAGACGCUGCCGACGGAGGAGAGAGCGGUGGAGUGGAAGAGGACGACUUGUCCGAUGAUGAAGCAAUAGAAGCUGACAAUGAGGAGGAUGUUGAACCCUGUGACAAAGAAAGUGAAAAUGAUGCUGCAUCUAGUGUUGGGACAAACACAGGCUGGGCAGAUGCCAUGGCUAAAAUUCUUAACAGAAAGACUCCUACAAGUAAGCCCACCAUUCUGAUCAAAAGUAAAGAGCUGGAAAAGGAGAAAGAAAAGCUAAAGCAAGAGAGACUCGAGAAACGAAAACAGGCUGCUCAUUGGAAAAUGAUCCGGAUGAGAGUCUUCCAGCCUUCCGAAACCCAGGGUGUGGUGCAAUUAUUUAAUGCUGUUCAGAAGCAUCAAAAGAAUGUUGAUGAAAAAGUGAAAGAAGCUGGAGGCUCUAUUAGAAAGCGUGCCAAGUUGAUAUCAACUGUCUCUAAGAAAGAUUUCAUCAGCGUUCUUAGAGGAAUGGAUGGAAAUACAAGUGAGAAGAACUCAAAAGCCAAACAGACUGAAGUGAAAUCAGAAGAGAGUCCAGGAUGGAACAUCCUGCGAGACGAUUUCAUGCUGGGAGCAUCUAUGAAAGACUGGGACAAGGAAAGCGAGGGAUCGGAUGGCAGCUGACCGGCAUCUGCACGUGAAACUGGCACGUGGCGUUAGAAAGGCCAGAACACAUGGAAUUGUUCUCUUUCCUAGAAAAGUGUUUCAUGCUCUGCAAGUUGAGAACUUGUAAGAAUACCAUUUAUAAGAAAACCUAGACGUUUUAUUAACUUUAGUUAUUUCCUGUUUUUACAUUAAACUUUGUGUACUAAAAUAUCAACGAUAUUUCACCAGUGUCAUUACAAGUUUACGUAUUGGUAAUGGGCAUCGGUGUAUUGUUUGGAUAUCACCAUUGUUUCUAGAAAUGACAAUACCAAUUCAUAAUUAAAGUGACGUAUUUAAAGUUA